GUGUGUUUAUGUGUGUGCGCGCGCGUGUUUGUAAGUGUGCGCGCGCGUGUUUGUGUGUAUGCGCGCGCGCUCUCCGGCCCGGGUUCCGCAUGGAUCUGCUGUGAGAGGUCCGGUUCCGGAAGAUGGCGGAUAAAGGCUCGCUUCUGACCUCAGUUAUCAUCUUCUACCUGUCCAUCGGAGCCGCAGUGUUCCAUCUGCUGGAGGAACCGAACUGGAGAACCGCCGUCCACAAGUACCAACAGGAAAAAGAGCGGAUUCUUCAAACACACCCGUGUCUCACCAAAGACGACUUAGAUACCAUCAUCGAGACUGUGGCCACAGCAGCAGGUCAGGGUGUCUCCAUCACUGGAGAGAAACAAUACAACCCCUGGAUAUGGCCGAACGCCAUUAUCUUUGCUGCCACCAUCAUUACCACAAUAGGUUACGGUCAGGUUGCUCCGAAGACAGUGGGUGGACGUGUCUUCUGCAUUGUGUUUGGUCUAUGUGGAAUUCCACUGUGUCUCACAUGGAUCAGUGAACUAGGAACGUUCUUUGGCAGCAGAGCAAAACGCCUGAGUCAAACCUUACUGCACCGACACUUGAGUGUGAAAAAGGUCCAGUUUAUCUGCACUACGUUGUUCCUGUUGUGGGGUUUGCUGUUCCACCUGCUCAUACCUCCUUUUAUCUUCAUGUGUGUGGAGGAGUGGACGUAUCUGGAGGGGCUUUACUUCUGUUUCAUCACACUCACCACCGUGGGCUUUGGCGAUUACGUAACAGGUGUGAACACGAGGCGGAACUACAAGGCUCCAUACCGGUUCUGUGUGGAGUUGUGGAUCUACAUGGGCUUGGCAUGGCUUUCUCUGUUCUUCAGCUGGAAUGUUAACAUGGUUGUGGAGGCCCAUAAAGUCUUGAAGAAGCGCAGACAGAUGCGUCACAAGCUUUCUCCUGCACAGCUGGAGCAGAUGCACAAUGCAGCUCUGCCUCAUGCACCCAGCAUCGUGGAUAUCUUCAAGUUCAUGUCAGAGAAAGGUGAAGACUAUAGCGACGUGAUCCGGGCCAUUGGUACAGCCGAGAAGAAGAAGAAGCAGCAGGAGGAGGAGCUCACACGCUCCAAGAGCUGCAGCGACCUCCUCAAACAGGUGCUGGUGCCUCUGGACCAGUCGCCAAGACAGAAACGUAGAUUCAGCAUUGGAGACAAUGUCUACAUGGUCAUCUCCAGAGCCAGAGGUUCCACUGGAGAUCUGGAUGAGUGCAGAUCCCUUCAGGAGGAGCCAAGCCAAGAUCCAGAGCUGGGCAAGGAAAAGCAGGUGGAAAAGGAAGUUCUGAAGAGAGCAGGAAGUUUAGUGUGGGACUCGAGAAAAAGUGGCCAGCAACCUGUUCAGAUACCCAGCUUCAGGUUUAGCUUUGACAACAGUGACUCAGGAACCAAGGAAGAAACCUCAAGGUUCUCCGUGACCAGAGUAAACGAGGAUUUAUUAGAGAGAGGAGAAGGACCAGGGUGAGGAACUGAGACCUCCUUCAACAUCCUUCACCACGAUACAGCACACAGUUAGGCUCACCUGACAAGAACCUGGUGAUUAGCUGGAGCCUUGGAGACCUACAAUGUUAUAAGUUGGGUAAUGAAUGACUGGUUUCUGUAAAAAAAAUUUAUUGUGUGUGUGUGUGUGUGUGUGUGUGUGUGUGUGACUUGUUUCAGAUAAGACUUGUUUCAAAUAAGAAAACUGUAAAUAAAUGUCAUUUUCUACCUUUUUGAAAAUAAAGCCUGAGAAGUAAA